AUGUCCGACAUCAGCCCUCUCGCCGAGGUGCUUGGACACGUGUGGUAUCACUUCGACCGCAUCAAGCCGCUCCUCCCCACGUACGGCCACCUACUCGUUUCUGCUCUGUUUCCCAUGUAUAUUGGAGCCCAUGCUUCUCUAUCCAGACCCUCUUCCGCAGCAAAGCCUCCCAAGAGGGACACUGGGAAAACAGAAAACGAUACUGAUGAUGAGGACGACGAGGGCGAAGACAAUGGUGGCGCUGUUCAGAAGAUGGAGGGACUUGAGCCUUCGGAUGCGCUGAUGUUCCCAUUGACGGCAGGCCUCACGCUGGGAAGCUUGUACUUCGUGAUCAAAUGGUUGGAAGACCCAGCCAUUCUGAACAAGAUCCUCAGUUUCUACUUCUCCCAGAUGGGCAUUUUCUUCGCCGUCGCUUUCUUGAAGGAUGCUCUGUUGAUCUGGCGGUCGCUCCUUUUCCCAAAGUACUAUCGCCAUGGAGGAAAGAUUUGGAAAGUUAAGCAAUCCGAGCGCGCAUUCACUUCGUUGGAAGAAGUUCGACUCUCACCACUUCCUGGAAUCCUUGGUUCAAUUCCUUUGCCAUCGAAGGUUCUCUCUUUCCUAUGGGCCUGCCGCAAUGCUUCGUACCAGCGACUCAAGCUCAAACUUCACGUUAAGCAUGUGAUUGAUGUGAAAGGACUUUUUGGACUCCUCGAUCUAUUCAGUGCAAUCAUCGCUCUUAUUGCCGUGGGAUACUUCGCAUUCAUUACUAAGCCUUGGUGGUUGACCAACUUCCUUGGAUUCAGCUUCUGCUAUGGCGCUCUCCAGUUCAUGUCGCCAUCGACCUUCUGGACUGGAACACUGAUUCUGGGGUCUUUGUUCUUCUACGACAUCUAUUUUGUCUUCUUCACCCCAAUGAUGGUUACUGUCGCUACAAAACUGGAUGUUCCCAUCAAGCUUCUCUUCCCGCGUCCCCCUUCUCCCGGGGAAGAACCAGAUGCUGUAUCACUGGCUAUGCUGGGGCUAGGAGACAUUGUGAUCCCGGGCAUGAUGGUUGGCCUUGCGCUGCGAUUCGAUCUCUUCCUUUACUACUUCAAAAAAGGCGCUCAAAAGGCACGCGCUGAGGGUUCGACCCUGGAAUAUGUCAAACCCAAAUACCAACGAUCGACUGGGGCGUGGGGAGAGCGAUUUUGGGCACCGACAAUCGCGUCACAGGAGCCCGAGCUCCAGCCUCCAUACCACGACGCGAGAUCUUUCCCCAAGACAUACUUCAAAGCCAGCCUUGCUGGAUAUGUUGUCGGUAUGGUCGCCACGCUACUUGCCAUGCAAUACUCAAACCACGCACAGCCUGCGCUUUUGUACCUUGUCCCCGGGGUCUUGUCAUUCCUCUGGGGUACUGCGCUCAUUCGCGGAGAAAUUAACAUAAUGUGGCACUUCUCUGACGCUGAAGAAGAAGAUGACGAGGGGGAAAACAAAGACAAAGAUCACUCCAAAAAGCUAGAUGCCGACAAGGAACCUACCACGUCUGAGCAGAAGAAUCUCUUCACGCGUAUUCUGUCUGGUGACCUGAAAGCGCUCAUAUUUAAGGAUGAGACCUCGGACAAGGAAAAGAGCAACGACAAGGCAAAGGCUCCGGACAAGACGUCCGAGUCGGAUACGAACAAGGAGACUGAAACACAAGACGGAUCGGACUUGGUCGUUUUCUCAAUCUCUUAUCCCCUCAAGCCCCAAGCUAAAGUCAAUUCUCACUCUGAAGCAAGCAAGAUUGGAGAGAGCAAUGGAUCAGUGAGCAUCCCGGGGGAUGGCAACCGGGACGAUGAGCCACCAGUGAAGAGGAGACGGGGGACACCUCGCAAGGCAUCCAUGCAAUAA